CAGUGCCAUUGCUCUCUUUCCGGAUUCCCAUUACGCGCCGAUCGCCAUACACGCAUCUCCCUCUCAGUAAGCCCCAUAAUGUCAUGGGUCAUGCAAUGCGCGGAUCGUCUGGGAGUUUACAUUUCUAAACCUACAUUCUACGCAGACGUCUUCUGCACAGUACUCAGAUCAGCUCUCACCCCUUCUUUUCAGCUUCACUGUUCGGUUAACGGAUUGAGAUUUGCAGAACAUUUAACGACAGAAUAAACGUAAGGAUUGGCAAAUAAUUUCAACGCUCCUUCGCUGUUGCGUAUUUCUCUGGCUUUUUGAAAUGUGCCUCUCUUCGGGGGAAUCUGUCGCGGACACCUUCUGGCAAACUUCGCGUCUCGCCUCGGCUCCUCUGCUCUCAGCCGGGUGGUCAUCUUCGUAGGAGGCGCCUGUGUUUGUUUAAUUGGCCGGCAGCGCACAUGCACGGGCGUCCCCGCCGCUGCUGGCCGAGCCGUGCUGCCCUUCGUCUAACAGAAGAGGAAAAAGGAUAAAGCAAAAGGUUAAAAAUCGAGAGAAAAGAGUGGGAGAUUUUUUUUUUUUUUUUCCAGCGAGGACGCAGCGCAGCAUUUCUAAGGACAAUUAACUGAUUGAGACCAGACGCAGGCUACAGGUAUGAAUAUUCUUCUGAGACCUCUGUGCGCAUGAGUUGGGCUUGUUAUUAAGAGCAUUGUCACUGAUGAGUGGGACUACUCAUGAAGAUAUAACAUUUUUCCAUCAUGCUCAAGGAUAUUUGGAAUGAUAAUGGGUAUCUGGUUUAGUUUCACAAAUAUCAUGUAGUGUUUGGACAAAGGAGAGAAAGCCAGCAAUCAGAAAUACCUAAACCCGCCGGUAUGGGACUUUGACCCGGGCUGUGAGCUCCGUAAGGCGGCUGUUUCUCUGCGUGCAGACUGGACCGAGCAGUUGUGACAUUUCCGAGCCAUGGCCGCUGCCAUCGCGAGUGGGCUGAUCAGACAGAAGAGGCAAGCGCGGGAGCAGCACCUGGACCGACCCUCCACCAACCGACGGAGGAAGAGCCCCAACAAGAACAAGGGGCUCUGCAAUGGGAACCUGGUGGACAUCUUCUCAAAAGUGCGCAUCUUCGGACUCAGGAAGCGGAGGCUACGGAGACAAGAUCCCCAGCUCAAGGGCAUAGUGACCAGGCUGUACUGCAGGCAGGGGUACUACCUGCAGAUGAACCCCGAUGGCUCUCUUGAUGGGACCAAGGAGGACAGCAGUAAUUCCACAUUGUUUAACCUUAUUCCUGUGGGCCUCCGAGUUGUCGCCAUUCAGUCAGUGAAGACAGGGUUAUACAUCGCCAUGAACGGAGAGGGCCAUCUCUACACAUCAGAACUCUUUACUGCAGAAUGCAAGUUCAAAGAGUCAGUGUUCGAGAACUACUACGUGAUCUACUCAUCCAUGCUGUACAGACAGCAGGAAUCGGGGAGAGCAUGGUUCCUGGGGCUCAACAAAGAGGGCCAAGCCAUGAAGGGGAACCGAGUGAAAAAAACAAAACCAGCUGCUCACUUCCUGCCCAAGCCAUUAGAAGUUGCCAUGUACAGAGAACCAUCUCUGCACGACGUCGGAGAGACGGUGCCCAAGGCGGCCGUGCCCCCCAGUAAAAGCACAAGCGAGCCAGUGGUGAUGAACGGAGGCAAACCUGUCAGCAAGUCUGACAAACCGGCCACAUAGCCACACCUGACCAGUGCCCAGUCUUAGUGCAUGUGUGGGAGGGGAGGAAUCUAACGGAGGCAGGUCUUUUUUUUUUUCUCCAGCUAGACUCCAAACCCUCUUUUUUUCUGUGGAUAGCGUCCAGCCGAGACACCCUUCUGUAAUUCUCUUGCUACUCCUCCUCCUACUUCCUUUCUCUGGCUAUGUCAGCACAGACUGAUUCAGGGAUGGGUCAGUCUGUCCAGCACAGGAGGGAAGAGGACCUCUGAUCCUGUAAUGCCUUUAGAUCCCUUUGAAAUCCGAAGAGUUGACCUGAAUGACACGUGGUUCACACUGACGCUUCAUGCCUGCUUUGCCCUGUCGCUGCAGAGUCUGUGUACCUUCAGAUCUAUUUUCUAUAUCACAGUUCACCAGCUAUGUUCUGGGAUAGAGACUGUAUAGACAGAGUAAACAUUUGGACUGUUGUCCUAUAUUUUUUACAAGUAUGCUCCCCUUUCCCUCUCUUUCUAAUGCUGGUCACAUACUUUGGUUUUUGUCAAAAGAAAACUAGAAAAUUUUUAGCAAGAUGAGUUGUAUGAUUUUGUUUUUUCUAAGAAACACCUCAAACAAAGAGCGAAUCAGUACACACUUGAAAGAGUCCAAAUAAACAUUUUUGUCUAAAACAUGCGUACACCUGAAAACCAGUCAAAGUUUGAGCGGCUCAUAAAAAUACACUGGACGCUGGCAGACGGCUCCUGUAAUCAUAGUUGAUGAAGUGCUAAUUACCGCCGCUGCAAUCAAUGUGAGAAGCUCCCUGUACACGCGCGCACACACACACACACACACACGCACACACACACACAUGCACACAGACAGAGACAUUUCUAAACAGAUGUGCGAGUGGGUGGGUAGGAAUGAGCGCUGUAAGGAAUGGUGUAUACAUAUCACUAUCUGUGUCCCACCAGCGGUUCAGUCCGCCUUUUCUGGUGAAUGAAGAAAAAGGAUAAAAAAAAAAACUGAAGUCUAUUUUUCUUUAAUCUUAUUUCAGAGCGUGGGCUCUAGGAAAUAUCUCUAGGCCUUGUAGGCCUCUGUUCCUCACUUACCGACUUCUAUGAACAUUGAAGCAAGGCUUUGUGGCUUCGACCCAGAUGGUCUAUAACUGCAGCAAAUGGCAGCCAUCUUUUGGCAGCAUCUACUUAAAGCAAAGAAAACAACAUGGCUGAAAACCAAUAGGUCUUAUUUAUGCGUGCUGCAUCCCUAUUUGGUUCAGCAAUCUAAAGCAUGGACAAGGUCACUAUUGUUCCCAUUUUGCAGCAGUUAUACUACAGAUGGCUUAUAGUGUAUCUGUGUCUCUGUAUAAAACUUAGGGAAAAUGACUUUUGAAAAUCAUAACUUUUUAAACGACUAGAUGAUAUAUUAUUAUUGAUAUUAUUAUAAAGGGAUUUGUCUCCUAGCUCAGCAUGCAGAGUCCAGUACUGAUCAUCUUGGCCUAUCACGUGCCUGUUUGGACCUUUAUUCCCGGCAUGCAAAAACAAGAUCCCAGUCCCCACUGGGCCAAAGGUGCCUCACUCACUCAAUAGAUCCAUGUAGAGGACACGUAGCAUUAUCCAUUGAAAAACCAACACUCAGAUGUGUUCAUUCUGAAACAACCAAAGUCUUUUUUUCAUCCCAAGAAGAACUUAGUCUUAAUAAAUGCAAAACAAAAAAAAUAUAUAAAUCUGACUCGUUCUCAGAUUUAAUCCAUCAAGGCUUUCACUGUGACAGCAUUUGUUAUUCGUUUGAAAGAAUCAACUCUCCUCAGACCGGCAGUGGUCUUAGCUGAUGUCACUUUUUUGGGAGGGAAGUGCGUAUAACCUAAAUUAAUCAUGUGCAUGUAUGUGCUACUAGGAACGAAGUAUGGGCAUUGUUUUUCACUCUGCACGAGCAGGGGAAGCACUGAGUGGGGCUUGAAUGGGCAUGUUGCAGGCUUUAGCACACUCAUGACUAAUCUGAAGGUAAUCCACUGCGCUUUGUUUUGCAUUCUCAUCACGACUGUUAACAGAUUUUUCAAUAGAUUUCUUAAGUCUUGCUUUAAUAAUUUUUGUUUAAAUUAGUUUUAUUCGAUAAGAUUUAGAAUAGAAAGCAGAUUGUUUGCCACUGUAUGCUGCUAAAAGUGCAAAUACAUUACAAAAAUGUUAUGGUGAACAUAUUUUUCUGUCUUUAUUUGGGUUACACAUAUGGAGUUUGUAAUGACAAAACAUUAGAUAUCAUUUAGACACACUUAUGUUUUAGUAAAAAAGCAGUGAUAACAAAUACAGUGUGCUUACACACCUACACACAUCGGAGCUGCGAACCCCUGAAGUUGUGUGCAGGGCUGAUGUUUUGCCCUUAUUACAGCCAGUUAUCCUCUACGUCUACAGACUCUACAUGCUGGGCUGGUUACACGCUUUGGCCAUGCAGUCCAGAUAACUGGUUCUUUCAAGGCUGAAAUUAUUUUUGUAAAGGAAUGGUGGGUAAAUGUACAUCUCUUUUUGAAUCUCUGUUUGUUGUUGCUUUUUUUUUAUUGUUGUUGUUUCUCAUCUCUCUUGUGUACGGAUUGUGUGUGCUGUUGCUUCCAGAUCCCAACUGGUUUUGCUUUGUUAUCCCUGUAUUCAAGUUUGUUUGUUUUUUGUGAGAGUUCUAAAAAAUUUCAAUUAUAGUUGCAAUCAGAAAUAUUCAAACCCCCUGAGAAAAAUUGCACUGAUGUGGUCUGUGAUGGAAGAUAACAAAAUAAUAAAAAAAAGGUCAUAUUUAUUAAAACAUAUGAGAUGUGUUGACCGUAUAAUUCAUUAGCCUUUUGCACAUCAGACAUAGUGCUGGUCCAUUUGUCCAAAUGGUUCCAUGUUGGUGUCAUCAGUCCAUUAAACAGUCCCAAUACUCUGAUGUCUUAUCUAAAUUCCUCCCAGCAUAUUCUGCUGGACUUUUGAUGUUCCUUGUGGUCAAGAAUGGAGAGCGUCUUGGAGUCCAGCAAUGAAGUCCUUGUUUACCCAGUUCCUGUCUUAUAGUUCCCACACAAGCAUUUGUAUCAACCUUUAACAGGUCACCCUGUAGGUGUCUUGAAGUCUACACAGGGGUUAGUUGUUCUGAAUAGGUUGCCAAGGGUCUCAGAUGGGGAGUUAGGGAGUUUUAAAGCUCUUUAUAAUGCUCCCAAAGGCUUGUCUUAGAAUGUUUUUUUUAUGAAAAUCUUUUUAUACCCAAGGCCCCUAUAGUGUGAUGAAAUAAUCCCCUCUCUACAUCUUUUAUGGAAGCUCCUUUGUCUUUUCCAUGACUGGAACCUUACAUACUUUCAUGGGUGCUGCUUAUAUAUGAAACAUUGCUGAAGCAAAUGGAAGACCAAUAUAGAGUUCUUAAUUUUGUUUAAUAGGAUUAAUGAUGUUUCAACUCCACUUUAGGGCUUAGAGGCUCAGACAGCUUAAAAACAUCAACAUUUCUGUAGGGGUUGAAAAAUUGUGACAGAUACUUUAAACUACGGUAAUAAUAAACUUAUAUAUUAAAAUAUGCAUAAGGUCUAAUCCUGCUCGCUGAAACAACUCUGGCUGAUAAAUUCCUAAAAUCUUUAUGAGGUUGAAUAAAUCUCAUUGCAACUGUAACUUUUGCUUACUUUGUAACCUUUUGUUUUGUAUAAUGUUCCAUCUGUUGCAUGGGGAGAGGAUGGCAUCGAUGAGCUGCAUGUAGUAGGCUAUGUCUAUCAAGAACUGUUGGUAUGUGCCGCAAAUUUUACAUAAUAUAUGCAAUGAGUUUGUCUACACUAUAAAGUUUGUGUUUGUUGUAUACACAUAUACAACAUGCUGAAUAAAAUAUUUAUAUAAAUGCGUACUGUAAUGUCAGUAAUUUAAUACCUAAUGCAAUAUAGUGUGCAGUAUAUUAUUGCACUUGUCAUUUUUGGGAGGAUAAAGAAAACAAAGGUUUAGCUAGUUUAAGCAUGAAAAAAGGCCAAAGUAGAAAUAAAAACUUUUCUUGGUGACCUCUUAUUGGUCGUCUUUUCAAGUGCUGACUGAGCUCUUUUUGUCGAUGCAGCUCCCAUCCCCUUCCACUAUGUUUUGAAGUGACAUGAACCAUCCAGCAUGCCACAACUCAAAUAUUUAUGCCCUCCUCUUUGUUUCCUCCACUUUAACCUUCUCACUGCAAGGAUAAUUACAUGAUGGGCAGCUUGUUUUGGGUUGAUUUCUUGGGAUGGAGAGGAACAGACACUAUUAAAAUGAUUUGUUUUCAAAAUAUAUAUAUAAUAUACCAUUGCAAGUAUGCUCAUUGGAGUUAUGUCAUGUUAUAUCAAAAUUUGUAACCAUGUAUGAUUAAGGUCUUCGCAUUGUUUUCCAUGCAAAAUGUGUCAUUUAAUGUUUUAUUAUGAAAAAGAAAUAAAAACCUUCAAAGAGUAA